AUGUCUUCCACUAAUUUUGAAUCACUUGUCAAACAAUGGCUUGAUAUAGAUAUUAAUCCAAUCACCCGUGGGCAAAUUGAGAAAUUAUGGGCCGAAAAGGAUACAACCACAUUGACCCAUCUCCUAGCCUCAAGAAUCUCUUUUGGUACUGCAGGUUUACGAGCCAAGAUGGAAGCAGGAUUUAAUCGUCUUAAUGAUGUGACGGUACUUCAAGCGUCUCAAGGGCUUGCAAAAUACGUUCAAGAACAGAUUUCCCAGCCGCACAAAGGAGUGGCGGUGGUUGGUCAUGAUCAUCGUCAUAAUUCUAGAGAGUUUGCUAAGAUCACUGCGGUGGUAUUUGGGAUUGCUGGAUAUAAAGUGAAGUUUCUUGAAUUCAAAGAUGAUUCAGAAGGUGCCAGUAGUACGCUUGUGGCCACGCCGUUUGUGCCGUUUGCGGUGGAUUUAUUCCAUGCCGAUGUUGGGGUAAUGAUCACUGCUUCACAUAACCCCGCGGCAGAUAAUGGAUAUAAGGUUUAUUGGAAUAAUGGGUGCCAGAUAAUCCCACCUCACGAUUCCGGAAUAGCCAACGCGAUCCUUGAGAAUUUGCAACCUUGGAAUGGAGUGUGGGAGUCGUAUAAGAAUUUUGAUGAUUUCCAGGGAGAUAUUGAAUUUGUCAAAGAAUCGGUGACAAAAGAUUUUUACCAAACUUUGAAAGCUAAGGUGGUUUUGGAUGUUGGGUUCACAAAUAAUGACUAUCAGCAAUUAAAAUUCGUAUAUACCCCGAUGCACGGGGUGGGACAUGAAUUUGUGGUGCCGAUUUUUGAAGAUUUGUUCAAAUUAUCGGAAAAUAUUAAUUAUCAUGUGGUAAAAGACCAAGCUUCUCCUGAUCCUGACUUUAAGACAGUGAGAUUUCCAAACCCUGAAGAAAAAGGAGCGUUGGAUUGUGCCAUUCAAACCGCCAAUGAUGAAAACGUGGACCUUAUUAUCGCGAAUGAUCCUGAUGCUGAUAGAUUCAGCGCUGCAGUUCGAGAUAAGGAAACUGGUCAAUUUCGUCAAUUGACCGGUAAUGAGAUCGGGUUCCUUUUUGCUAACUAUGUAAUUGACCAAAAGGUUGCUUCUGGAGAAGAUUUAUCUAAAGUUUUUAUCGUUAAUUCUACGGUAUCUUCUCAAAUGAUUGGAUCGAUGGCUAAAAAACUAGGAUUUAACUUUUGUGAUACUUUAACUGGAUUCAAAUGGAUUGGUAAUAAGGCCAUCUCAUUAAUUAAUGAAGGCUAUGACGUUCCAUUUGGAUAUGAAGAGGCGAUUGGUUUUAUGUUUGGUAAUGUCCACGAUAAAGAUGGUCUUGCAGCUACGACGGUUUUCCUACAAUUAUACUACCACUAUGUUAUUAAACAAGGAAUUUCACUUACUGAUAAAUUGGAAGAUGGAUUUAAAAAGUUUGGGUACUUCAAAGAAUUCAAUGGGUAUUACAAAUUUAGUGACUUGACCAUCACUGAGAAAAUCUUUGGAAAAAUCAGAAGUUCUUAUGUUAAUCAACCCCAAAACAUUGGUGAUUUCAAGUGUACUUAUUGGCGGGAUUUGACUAUCGGAUAUGAGAGUUUGACACCUGAUCAUUUUCCUUUAUUGCCGGCGGAUAGCUCUUCACAAAUGAUCACCGGGAUCUUGGAACCAAAGAAUGCUGAUGAUGGGCAAUUUGUGAGGUUCACUGCCAGAGGCUCGGGUACGGAACCAAAGUUAAAAGUCUACAUAGAGGGAAAAUCUAAUACCGAAGCUUCGGCUGCUGAAUUUGCUAAAAAUGUUUGGUUUACAUUAAGAAAAGAAUGGUUCAAACCAGAUGAAUACAAUUUAGAGGAAGUUCAUCCAUGA